UUGACGGCGACUCCGCCGGGGAGAUUCUACACAGAAGGGCUAACUUAAUGGCGAUGAGUGUCCACGGUACAUGUAAUGUACAUGUACAAGCCAAGUUCUGCGAUGCCGUAGGUUAACAAUUCGAUUAUUAAUGCUUUCAAAAAAGAUCAAGAUCAAAACGAUCGAACCUAGUGAGCCAAAUUAUCGCCCAAGGCAAACCUAUUGAAUUUCCUUGAAGCUAUCCUAUCCGGGAAAAGAGUAGGAUGUCUUUCCCUUGUGGCGAGCUAAAGACCUGAUAUGAUACCCGUGGCCUUUGGUCUUGUUUCUCGUUUUAUGUCAGUCUUGAGAAAGCUGGGCAGGUAAUGGAUGUUAAAUAUCCAAGAGCACCCACCAGUUUUGUACAGUUUAGGCAUGAUGGAAGCUGUCCCAUCUCCACUGUCCAGUUAUAUGGAUUGGUAAAUAAAGAUUUCUCUUUCAAAGUCAACAUUUCUUCCUCUUUUUCCUUUUAGGAAGAUUCUUGUCAGUCAAUUUGAUACAAGAGGUGGGACCUAUGAACUUUGUACUGCACAAGCUGUAUGGCGACUGGAGCUUAUCAGCUUGAUGGCACAUAUCUGAACUAGGAGGGUAUCUGAUUUUCACAGGAUUUCAUGAGACCAAGUAUGCUUUCAUAUCUGAUGGCAAUUUUACAAAGGAUUCAGAGGAAGAGACCUAAUAUUUUCCUUGAUCCAUUAUAUAAAACACAGUUCAUCCGCCAAGAGAAAGAAUGAGGCUCAACACAGCCCCUGACAUUUGUGCUUUCUCCUCUGCACUCAUUCUCAUCUGAGCUUUCUUUACCAUCAUUAUAUGAGGGCUACCCUUUUACUUGUUUCCGUGCUUCGUACCUUUCGAAUUUUACAGCCCUGUGGAGGCCCCUUGAAUCAACGUCAGAAUGGGGCCACUUCACCCAAGACCUCGUUAUAUGACCGGCCACCUCCCCUCUCCACGCAUGCUUAAUUGCGAAAUUUCGAAAUACCAUAGCCCACAAAUGGAUCUUAAAGAAGCCGUUUACUCCCUAGCUGCCGCAGUCCUAUACGCCCGGCACUCGCAGUACGUCGAAGCUCUCGAGGAGCACACUGACUUCCUUCGGCGGAGUUCCUCUCUUAUGUCCCGCGCACCAGUCUGGUUCAACAUCGGAUCCCUCUGGGCUUCAGUGGGCGAUCUCCGUCGAGCAUUAGACGCAUACGAGCUCAGCAUCAAUGAGGAUCGCGAAUUCACAAUAUCUUGGUUUAACAAGGGGAUCUGUCAUUUCCUACUGAGGGAAUACUGCGAAUCGAAGAACACUUUCCGGAAAUGUUCCUCCACUUUCAGAAUGUUCUCUCAGGUCAAAUCCUUCGAUGAGUAUAGUCUGGAUUUCGUCCUUGUGAAAAAUGAUGUCGUGUGGAAUGCCAACGUUGCCAAACGCCGCUGUCAGAUGCAAAUGACAGUGUGUGGGGUGGACGCGCUCGAACUGAAGUUACGGCGUGGUCACCUUAGCCUGUUUCUCGGACCGCAUAAGGAUUGUUUCAAAUCAAAUGAGAUGUUUUUAAACAAGUGCCGAUCCAGAUGGAAGGAGACCUUGUCAUUAGUCCCUCGUCCUUCGAUUAUUCGAAAGAAUUCCUACUACAAGCAACGGAAGCAUGCUUAUAUUGGUUUCCCAGAGAUGCAAGAGGGUGGCACCAAAGUCGUUCUCAAAGUCCCGGUCUCUAGAGGGCAAUCAGCAGCAAGCCACAACCCCCAGGAUCCACAACCCACAGCUAACGUUCCUGAGCUAUCACGUUUUCCGCUUGUAAUUCCACGCAAACAAGUUCCAACCGCCUCCUCACCAUCCUCUCGCCGAGGACCAAGCUCCUGUGACCGGGCAGCAAUAGUAAACGCAUUCCCCCUACCACCCCAAACUCUGAGGAGAAGAGGGCGCACUCCCAGUCCUAGCCUUGUGACUGAACAAGCUGAAGUACGUAGAAAUAGUGAAGCCCAAAUCCCAUCGCCGUUCGUACAACGAGAGCAGACACCUACACGAAACGGGACGACAUUUCCAUCACGAGGAGUUCCAAUCCCUAGAUCAGUGACUGAUACCUCGUUUAGGGCCCGACUGUCAGGGGCCAAUCGGACUCCUCUUCCCGCGUUUACAUUCCCCCCACCACCGCAGCCAGUGCCAAGCUUGAUGCAACAAGAGCUUCCACGGAUCUUAAACCUAGCAGUGGACCAUGACAGCAAUGAUAAUACUUAUGAUGUUAACAAUAACACAACAGCGGUCCAUAGGCACAUACCCAGCGGGUACUCCCACCAACUCUAUUACCCUAGCGGCCUUCUAGCAAGAUCAUUCUCGACAAAUAUGACUGACAGAGAUGACGACUGCAACGUCACGGAACAGCACAACAGCGGAAAUGGGCCCAUGCACCGUGUUGUUGAUUCUGAUAGGACGCCUGAAGAGGACAACAGGAACGACUCCCAUACAUCUAUUACCACCGCUUCAGUUGAAGCAUCUGUGUCGCGAGAUUCCUUCUAUUCGGCCCCUGAGGCACUGAAUAAUAUGAUGAGCGAAGUAAUGCUAUCGCCUUCAUCAUCGACCUCAUGCUCCACCUCCACUACUAACGUGUCCCGGGAAAAUUCCUAUAACCCGCGCCUCCGUCGACGGAUAUUUGAAACUAUGCUCGUAUUUCUACCGAUUACCCAAUCAGGCGCCAUAGCACGCAGCCGGCGUCGCUAUGCUGGUGCUGGUAGGGCUCCUGUGAACGAACGCCUGCUAGAAAAUGACUAUGGGGGCGAAUAUUGAGGAUGAGGGUGAGCGAGCGAACAGAGUUGGGAGCAUGAAAAGAAAACCCAAACCAGAUUGUCAUGGCACUCCAAGGACUAAUUUUAGUUAGUUACGGGGGCUGAAUGUAUGCAUAUAUUACCAAUAUCUUUUAUGCAUUCUGUAUUCCUUUCUUAUUCCUCUUUUUUUCAAUUUUUCUCACCCACUUGAGAAUGGAAAAGAAGAAACUAUCGACAAUUGUUACGCAGCGCUUAUCUACAUGGCAGCAAGAGGCAUUGAGAGGGACACAGCCCAGAGCAAUCCAUUUUCUCUUUCCGGUUAUCUUGAAAACGCAGGAUGCAUUCAACUACAAGGUGCAGUACAUUACAAACGGAACGGAAACAUAGAAGUAUGGAGCGGCAGGUAACUCGGAAAUCAACCCGUCCCCGGUUGUAUUUUACUUUCUCUCCCUCUUUUUCACCCGUUCUCGUUCGUUUGAUUUCUGGUCUAUCAAUAGUCAAGUCUGCUCUCUUGAAGUGAAAGGGGUGUAAAAAGGAGGCUGAACGGCGAUGGGAAGCAAAGAAACAACAGUCUCUUGUAGUAGUUUGAAUUAGCACAAUAUCAGUUAGUUACAUGUUUUCGAGACCACAAUUCAGAUUUAAGAAGAUACCUAUGUAAUACUCUAAUACUCA